UUCACCGUGUUCACCAGGAUGGUCUCGAUUUCCUGACCUUGUGAUCCACCCGCCUCGGCCUCCCAAAGUGCUGGGAUUACAGGCGUGAGCCACCGCGCCCGGCCUGUUUUGCUCUUAAUCUUAGCCUCUCCCUCAUCUUUACCCUUACAUACCCAUCCCUCUAAUUUCUCCUUCAACACUUGACUUACCUGGCCUGCCCUAUUCCAUGUUGGUUUCACAUGCUCCGACCUCAGCUGUCACCUCUCUUGCCCUGCUUAUUUGUCUCGGUUCAGUGCAACCUCCACCUCCCGGGUUCAAGCGGUUCUCCUGUCUCAGCCUCCCGAGUAGCUGGGUACAGGUGCAUACCACUACACCCGGCUAAUUUUUUUUUUUUUAAGUAGAGACGGGGUUUUGCCAUUCUACCCAGGCUGGAACCCCUGAGCUCAGGUGAUCCGCCCGGCUCAGCCUCCCAAAGUGCUGGGAUUACAGGCGUGAGCCACUGCCCCUGGUCCAGACUCUUGUCCUUCCAAAUGCUAACCUGUGAGCCUUUCACCUGUCCCCUUUAUUUGCCAUCCUCAUUGGUGACUCACUUGUCUUCUCUACGUCAACUUUCCUUUUCCUUUUCACUUGUUUAUCCUCACCUGCUCUGUUUUUAUCUGCUAGCUUACAUGCCUGACUCGCACCUGGUGAUUCAGCCAGUACGCCCUCACCCGACCCCGACAGGUCAAAGUUUCGUGGUCCCCAGAUUCCCCUGUGCUGUCCAGGGGGUGGGGCCUCGCUGGAAGACGGGAAAGCGGAACUUCAGUCCAACCAGGAAGCACCUGGAGUUUCUGAUUCGGAAGGGGCGGUCCCUUAUGGAGAAGCUGCCAAUAAAGAGCCGAGAUGAAAGAGGGAUGGCUUAACCGAUGAGACUAGGAGACGGGAUCGGGGGGUGAUCUGGCAAGCGCGAUCAGUUAAGCGGACGAACAGCAGGACAAGGCGGGUCUAGUGACAGGAAUGGGCCGAUGAAGCUCUAGGGGCGGUGGGUUGGCCGAUCGGGCCGUUUCCCCGGCAUCCAGAUCCGACGGAAUUUGGAAAUCCCGGGGCUACUCUUACGUUGAGCUUUUAGGAUCGAAGGAGAAAAGCCACCACCCUGACGAUCCCGGCUGUCGACCCACCUUCACUCAGGCGGCCUGGAAGCGGAAGUGACGAACACGGAAGUGAUCUGCUGUUACCGAGGGGACGGGCCGGGCAAAUGCCAACAUGGCAGCUGUUGGGGCUGGUGGUUCCACCGCGGCGGCCGGGCCAGGGGCGCUUUCCGCGGGUGCAUUAGAGCCGGGGACUGCGAGUGCGGCUCACAGGCGCCUGAAGUACAUAUCCCUAGCUGUGCUGGUGGUCCAGAAUGCCUCCCUCAUCCUCAGCAUCCGCUACGCCCGCACGUUGCCAGGGGACCGCUUCUUUGCCACCACUGCUGUGGUCAUGGCGGAAGUGCUCAAAGGUCUCACCUGCCUGCUGCUGCUCUUCGCACAGAAGAGGGGUACGAGCCAGGGAGGGGGCUGCACCGGGGUCGGUGCGUGGGACUCCACAUGUAUGUGCGUGUGUUCACACAGACGGUUUGCUUCAAGAGUGUCUCCAAAUCUCAACCUGCCUGGGGCGCCCCUCCAGCUAUGUGUAGCUGCAUCUUACACUUUUCUAGCCCUAACAGCCAGGGAGCUGACCUGUGUGAACUGUAGGAGUGGGAUUGUCUAUGCUUAUAGAGUAGCAGGGGUCUCUCACAUGUGAUUUAGUCAUCUUUAGCUUUAUAUCAUGGAGAAUUCCGAAUACAUGCAAAAUCAGAGAGAAUAAUCAAAUAGUAACAUAUCCAUGUACCCAUCCCCCAGAGUUAGCAAUUAGCAACUCAUGGCCGCUUUAAACAAUAUCAGUGAUUGUUCACUCACUGCCAAUCUAUAUGUCUACCUACAUCCUUAUCCCCUUAUUAUUUUUUGUU